GUGAACAUUUAAUUAAUGCGAUGGGAUUCGUGGGAGGCUCCGGAGUUGAUGGAAGCAACAGGGACGCACCUUGUUUUAGUGAUUUCCUCACGUAGGCUGAUGACACAAAUGAACGGCGGCGACUGGAUCAGGCUGCGGAUUUCGCGUUUCCGUUUGUGUGAGCGUGGAAUGCGGUGUUGACGGCGAGAGCAGGCUGAUGAGGAUUAGUGAAGCCACUCUGGCUUUGGCUGUAUUCGGCUCCAUCUUCCUCUAGCUGUGUCAUGGGGGAAAUCUGUGCAAUGCAGUUCAAACGCGUAGACCUGUUGGACUGUGGCAACACGUGAAGUGAAAUCGCAACUUUUCAUCAUUCUGAUCAUCCAGAAUGUUAAUUAAUCGGACAGCCUUGAAGGGAGUGUAGGCUGCUGACGCCACUGAAAGCCUUUUACUGAAAAACAAACAAACAAACAAACAAGCCAGAAGGAAGCAAAGUGCUGCAUCUCCUUGUCCUCUGAACAGUCGCAGUUCCAUACUUGAUGGACAUAAAAUGUGUUUUGUCAAUCCUCUUUAACUGUUGGCAAAAGCAGACAUGUUCCAGGAUCCUUUUACCUAAACUACAAUUCAUUUCUGCCAAUUCGCAUAUUACUGAUGAUGACAUCAUGGAUGACUAAUGAUCAGCAGUUUUUGUCUCAGGAUUCUGAACUGGAAUGAAUUUACAGUGAAAUUAAGCAACGGUCCAUGAACAUUUCAUUAGCACCUCUUCCAUAACAAGUAUUUCAUUUACUGCCUGUCAUUAUGUUCAUGACUCCAAGAAACUCUAAAAACAAAACACCUCAGUACAUAUCUGUAUAAGUAUUAUGCACGGAAAGUCUGAUUGUGCAUGAACUACUGUGAAUAUGUGUAACUGUAAUACUGGUUUUCAGGCCAUCAGUGUUUAAUUGAUUUAUAGGUUCCACUGUUUACAACAAGCUAUUGUCCUGUCUACGGCUGUCAACAUCAGAGGAGCAUAAAUGCUGUAUUAAAAAUGAGGCCCUGCUGUUAACACACAAUCUGACAAAAAAAGAGACAAAACAACAAUUAGAUAAAGACAAAACAACACUUUGCUGGGUAGCUAGAUUAUUACGUUUUGAAAAUUCCCUUUGCAUUCCCCGCUUCCUGCUCUCAGGAUGAGUAAUAAGUCAGACUCAGAAGGCGUGGUCUAUACGGUGGAAGAACUGGAAUGCAAGAUAUGCUAUAGCCGCUACGAUGCACGCGCUCGCAAGCCGAAGUUACUGGCGUGCCUGCACCGUGUCUGUGCUCGGUGCCUGAAGAAGAUGGCUGAGAUGGAAUCAUCACCUGGCACCGUCAGCUGCCCAUUCUGCCGCCAUCAGACGCAUGUGCCUGAUGAGGAAAUCUGGCUCCUGCAGGAUGACAGUAACAUCCUGGCCAUCCUCUCCUACCAGGAGCAAGUGAGGAAGAGUGGCUCAAUGCCCGUGGGUGAGGUUCUGCUCACCCCAAACAGCCUAAGUGGGGGAGAAAUAGGAACAAGUGGAGAGGGAGGAGGAGAGCAGGCCCACAGUUCCUCAGACUGCUUGGUCAUCACUAUCAUGGAGGUUCCAGACGAGUCAACUUCACCCGACUCCACUGGCAUGCUGAACAUGGUGCGUCUGUAUCGGCCGGCUAGCUUGGACUCGCUGCCAUGCCACGUGCCUGUGCAGAAGUGGCGCGCGUGGACGUCGCGCUCUGUGCCGCGUUUUGUCAUGGGCUUCCUCUGCCUGCUGUACUUCAGCUCUCUGCCCCUGGGCAUCUAUCUGCUCAUGAUUCAGCAACUCACACUGGGAGUGAUCCUGGUCAGCCUGGUGCCCUCCACCCUCGUCCUCUGCGUGUUCUACGGCUUCUGUCAGUGCCUGUGCCAUGAGAUCAUGGAGGCCAUCGCCACAUAGACACUUCAUAGGUUGUGUAUGAUUUGUCAGUCUUUAAACAGUGUGAAAUAAGCCAAAAUCACAGAUCUGUUCAUUCUGCUCUGACUGCUCGUCUACUGUUGCACUGGAAUAUACCAGCAUUUAGAAGUGAACUUUCAACCAUCUUCAGUUCAUACGAAGGGCAAUACGUACGUUUGAAUGAGCAGUUACAUCCUGACAUCCAGUGCAGGUUGUUUGUAUUGAGCUACGGCUGCCUCAAUUUGCUGUUGAUUUGUUUGUUUUGUUUUGUUGUUUGUUUUUAUUCUGUACCUGUUAGCUCAGGCUUAACAUGACUGUGAUCCUUUUACAUACCACUAAUAAGGGAAUGAGAUUCAUAUCUAACAUGGAAAUUAUGGACUUUGUUCCAUAACGUAAAAUAUGUCCUUCCUACUUUUGACAAUCCAUUUGUUGUGUAACUUUAAAAUAUAGUCUCCUUGUCAAAGUUCCUAGUUGCCUUUGUAAGGCAUGCAAAUUCCCAAGCUAUAUUUUAAUGUUGUAUAUAUAAAAUAAUGUGUUUGUCAUUGCUAUGAGAAUGAACAAAUGCCUUCAGAUCAUCCAAACUGUUAAUAGAUAUUCAAUAAAGAUUGGAAACACAA